CGAGCGUGGAGUCGAAAGGUUCAGUAGUUUUCGUCCAAUGGAGGAUGAAAGGUCAAGCCAGCCUCAGUCGCGAAACACGUCAUCAAGAUGCUGCCGUUCUGGCCUAACGAAAUGAAACGGCUGAGAGGAGAGGCAACUGGUGGUGCUGCAGACAACUAGCUCCCUGCUGGCAAAAUGAAAGAGAAGGUCGAAAUGCGCAAUGGUGCAUGCAUGGAUCUCAAUCUUGCCUCUGCCGUGGUCUCAGAUUCUCAUUUUCAAAACCAGAGCAGAUAUGAGCGAGAAGGAUCCUUGGGGAACAAACCGCGCCGCGCAACCCACACUUGGUGCCGCAGCGCAACGAGCACCCUCCUCGCAGGUGCGUGGUUUCAGUUUUGAGUUUCCCGUUUCAGAAACUUCACGACACAAAAGGAAGCCAAUAGGCGAAUAUCCGACGGUUCUACGGCCUUUUCGAACCGAAGGUUCUGAUCCGACGGAAGAACGUUGCGCAUAUAGAAGAUUCGAGCUGAUUUGGGAGAUUUCUUUUCGGCUAGGUCCCCCCAAUGGUCUGCCAAGGAGAGAAUUCUGCUUGGCUGGGAGCAGCGAAAUGAAAUUCUGACAGCGAAACGUAUUCUAACGGCCCGAAAAGGAGAGCGGUUCUAGUGGACCGAGUGUGGAGUGGAAAGAUGGCGUGUCGUUUACGUUGCUGCUUCUGCCGCUGGGCAAGGCAACCAAAGCGCGGCUACUUUGGAGCCACAGAUCUGGAACACGUGGCCUGUUGACUGCUGCGGAUUGGUCUCAUAAAGACCAGAGCGUCACACGCAAUCCAAUGCUCGUUAGUGAGUCUAUUAUUGUGACGUAUAAUCAAGAAGCAUGUUAGGG